AUGGCUUCCUCCGCCCAGAGCGGCUCCCAUAACAACUUCUAUGCAGACUACGUCAUUCAAUCCGACGAGGGCUUCCGAAGAGCUAGAGCUCUUGCUCCGGAAACUAUGGGAGGUGGGAUUGCAGGCGGAGGUGAGGCCGGGCGAGGACUCGAAUCUGCUUGUGUUUGUCCGGGCGUCGAGGAAAAAGAGCCUGCAGCGCGCUCUCUACCAGUCACGGUAUGUGCUAGUACAGUUGCUCACUUCAGUAUUGUUCUAAUAUUGCCGCAUAGCAUUCGCGAUUGGCUGCAUGGCGUCCGCAAUUCCGAGCCCGAGGACGAAUCCUCCGCCGAACCGCAGACGGAAUCCGAGCGACUGCGCAUCAUUUACCAUAUGAUCACGCUUGAGCAUAACGCGGGUGGUGCUGGUAUUACCCCUAAGCAUGGCCACUGGAAGAAUGUGCUGGCGGUCUUUCCGCUCCACGACGAGGAGAAGAACAAGGAAUACUUGGCGGAUUGGAGCAAGAAGACUUUCUUGUCGGAGGAAGAUCUUGAUCAGAUAAGGGGUAAAUUCGGGGAGAGCGUCGGCUUUUACUUUGCGUUCCUGCAAUCUUACUUCAAAUUUCUGCUGUUCCCUGCGACCUUCGGAUUCUCUUGCUGGCUGCUGCUUGGGUCUUUCUCUAUAAUUUACACUGUGGUUAACUGUUUGUGGGGCGUCAUAUUCAUUGAAUACUGGAAGCGGCAAGAAGAGGACCUAAGCUGCCGAUGGCAGACUAAGGGUGUCUCUGUUGUACGCUCCAAGAGGCGGGAAUUCAAGCCGGAGACAGAGGUAUAUGACCAGGUUACUGGCGAAACACGGGGGGUCUUCCCGGCGACGACCCGGUUGCAACGGCAGCUCCUCCAAGUCCCUUUUGCUUUGGUGGCCUUGAUUGCUCUAGGGGCCAUCAUUGCAACAUGCUUUGCGAUUGAGAUAUUCAUAUCUGAAGUCUAUACUGGGCCGCUCAAGUCUUAUUUGGUUUUUAUCCCGACUAUCCUGCUCUCCGCCCUCAUCCCGACUAUGAGUGGAGUACUUGUUCAGGUAGCGACGAAGCUUAAUGACUACGAAAACUACGAAACCCAGACCGCGUACGACACAGCGCUGACGCAGAAGAUCUUCGUGAUCAACUUCAUUACAUCGUACCUCCCGAUCCUCUUAACAGCCUUUGUAUAUAUACCGUUCGCGAGCUUGAUCGUCCCCCAUCUCGAUGUCUUUCAUUUGACCGUCCGGCCUUUCGUGUCGAAAGAAAAGGCAACGACCGCACACGAGAACUUCACCAUUAACCCCGACAGGCUGCGGAAGCAAGUCAUCUACUUCACUGUCACGGCCCAGGUGGUUGGGUUUGCGAUGGAGACCAUUGUGCCAUUCUUGAAGCAACGUUUCGCUCGCGAAUACAAGGAGUACAAGAAGAAGAAGUAUGGGCGUGUCAAUUCUGGCCUGGAGGGUGAGAAGCACAAGGAGCCGCAGCACUCGUAUGACGACCACGAAGACGAAGUCCAAUUCCUCACCCGGGUCCGCAAAGAGGCCGACCUUGAUGACUACAACGUUACCGACGACCUGCGCGAGAUGUGCAUCCAAUUCGGCUACUUGGCCCUAUUCUCUCCAGUCUGGCCGCUAGUCCCGGUAUCCUUCCUUAUCAACAACUGGGUUGAGCUCCGGUCCGACUUCUUCAAGAUCAUUGUCGAGUGCAAGAGACCCACUCCCAUCCGCGUGGAUACCAUCGGACCCUGGUUGGACACCCUGGGAUUCCUCUCUUGGGUUGGAAGCAUAACCAGUGCAGCACUGGUUUACAUGUUUAACACAAGCACCAACGGGCCAAACGGCGAGCCCUCAGCCAUUAAGGGAUGGGCGCUGCUUCUGACUAUCUUCUUCGCGGAGCACCUUUACCUCAUCGUCCGCUAUGUCGUGCAAGCCACGAUUGCCAAGUUCGAGCCGCACAACGUCCGCCGCGAGAAGACGGAGCAGUAUAUGCUUCGCAAGCGGUACCUGGAGUCGACCCUUGGCGCGCGCAGCAGCGACGAAGAGGAGGACGUCACAGCCAAGGACGAGUCCAUGGAGCUAUCCGAUAUAACGCGCAAGUCGCUUGAGGACGACGCGCGCACUUGGUCGAAGCAUGAUACGGUUGCCGAGGAGCGGUUCUGGAUGCGACAGAAGGGGUGGCGCGAGAGUGCCCGGGUGGGGGCUUCGAUCAUCGAAAGCCAGGCGGAGCCGGAUACGAAGAAGCAGCAGUAG